AUGUUUGAGAAUCUGAGGCAUCACUUCUCGGAGCUAGAGACAGUGUCAGCUGAGGUGCAGGGCCCGUACACUGUCAUCCCGGGCCCUCCUGCCGGUUGGAUUCCUCCUAUCGGCGCCUCGGCGAACACUUGGGCGAACAUCUACAAGAACAAGCAGCGGAUCGAUUAUUGUGUGGACCAGUUUGCGUACUUGACAAACAGGGUGAAAUGCGUUGAGAAGUUUACAGUUGGACCUUUCUUGGCCUGA